UCAUUGGUAGACGCCGGAAAAACUUCCAGCCUUCGCGGUGGGUCGCGGGAUGCUUCUAGGGUAGAUUUGACGUUCGCGGACAGACUUUUAUCUGUGACCAGUGUCCGCCACCGCGGAUGGCAAGGGACCUCAUCGGACCGGCGCUGCCGCCUGGCUUCAGCGCGCGCAGGGCAGCAGAAGACGAGGAGCGGGACCCCAGCCCGGUUGCAGGACCAGCUCUGCCCCCUAAUUAUAGAAGUAGUAGCUCAGACUCAUCAGACAGUGAUGAAGACAGUAGUUCUUUGUAUGAAGAAGGAAAUGAAGAAUCUGAAGAAGAUGACACUGGUCCAACUGCAAGGAAGCAGAGGAGAAACCAGGAUGACGACGAUGAUGGGUUUUUUGGACCAGCCCUUCCUCCUGGAUUUAAAAAGCAGGAUGAUUCUCCUCCAAGGCCUCUAAUAGGUCCUGCAUUGCCUCCUGGUUUCAUAAAAUCCACACAGAAAAGUGACAAGGGCAGAGAUGAUCCAGGACAACAGGAAACAGAUAGUGAAGAUGAGGACAUCAUUGGACCAAUGCCUGCAAAAGGACCAGUUAACUAUUGUGUAACAACAGAGUUUGAAAAAAGGGCCCAGAGAAUGAAAGAAAAACUGACUAAAGGAAAUGAUGAUUCGUCUAAACCAAUUGUAAGAGAGUCAUGGAUGACAGAGCUUCCUCCAGAAAUGAAAGACUUUGGUCUUGGGCCAAGAACUUUUAAGAGAAAAGCCGAUGACAAAUCUGGAGAUCGAUCGAUCUGGACAGAUACUCCAGCUGACAGGGAAAGGAAAGCUAAGGAAACACAAGAAGCAAGGAAGUCAUUCAAUAAGAAGGAUGAAGAACACAUAUUGUCAGGAAGAGAUAAGAGAUUGGCUGAGCAGGUAUCCUCGUAUAAUGAAUCAAAAAGAUCAGAAUCUCUUAUGGACAUUCAUCAUAAAAAAUUAAAGAGUAAGGCUGCUGAAGAUAAAAAUAAACCUCAAGAAAGAAUACCAUUUGACCGUGAUAAGGAUCUCAAGGUCAAUCGUUUUGAUGAAGCUCAGAAAAAAGCCCUAAUAAAGAAAUCUAGAGAACUAAACACCAGAUUUUCACAUGGCAAAGGCAGUAUGUUUUUAUAAGGGGAUUUCCCUGUGCAAUGAAGAAAAGUUAUUGAAGAAUACUCUUUUGUCUGUCUGUCCACCUUUAUUCCUUUCUUUUGGGCUUCUUAAGAUUAGAGAUUACUUUAAUCUUAAAAGCCAUACAAAUUUACCUUGCUUUGUGUGUCUUUAAAGGUCAUGUGGAAAUACAAAAUUGAUGUUCUGUCAUGUAGAAUAGAAUAUUUUUAUGUGCCUUUGGCUUCUGAGGAGGUAUAGUCUUUCCUUAAAAUAAUUAUUUUGAGGGUCCCUUUGAUUUUUGUGGAAUCUCACAAGUACCCUCUAAAAUCCACUAACUCUACUGCAGCCUGGACCUCCUUGUCCAAUAUACUUAACCUGCCCCAGGGUCCAUUGUCAAGUCUAGCAGUAGAUCCAAAAAUUUGAAAUUGGUUGUUUUUUCCCUCCAAAUUGCAUCCAGUGAAUACAAAUUUACUUGAAAAUAGAGGGUAUAGGGUUUUGUCUGUUUUGUUAUUAGUCUGCUUGUUUUAGCACUCAGGGCUUUUUGUUUGUUUAGAUUAUUGGGUUUUAGGUUUUUGUUUGUUUUUUUUUUUAAGUCAGAGAGCUCUCUAGGUUGUCUCAUAUGUUAAGGAAAAGCUUUUGAUUUUUCCAACUUUAUAUAAGAAGUAUUUCUAAGAGAAGCAAUCUGAGAGACAGGAUAGCAGUAACUGUGAGCAAAAUCUUUAAAACUCCGUCUCUAUGAUCUCAACCAAAGCUUUCUGAGUCCCAGAACUUGGCUUUGGGAUGGUCUUACUUUACCCAGUUAUAUACUGUAAUUAGUAGUUUGUAGCUAAUUUAUUGGGGUCAAAUCUUUUAUAUCAAUCAUGAACAGCCUUUUAUAAAAAAAAUCAAACUAAUAAAUCCUUGAAUACAAAAACACAAAUAGGAAAUCUGUCAUCAUAACCACUCUAAUUGAGUAUUAUGUUUGUAAUUCUUUAAGCUCUGCCUCUUAAGAUGUUAAAUAGAAACUUUUAUUUAAACUAUUAAACUGUUGUUAAAUAAAGCCUAAACGUAGAUUCUGUAAAUUAUAUUUUCUAGCAGAUUAAUCUCAAGUGUUACACUAAUUCUUUGUUCUAACUUUGAUGAAGCAUAAGGUUUUAAUGGAAUAACAUUCUGAUUCCCAGUUCAUAUAAGCUUUAUGAAAAUGAGUAACCCAAUCCAAGAUGGUACAAAUUGUUCUCUUUUUAUUAAUAUAAUAGCAGAACAAUAUAUUUUUUUAUGACAUCAGUGUAAACAAUAGCCUACUGAAGAAGGGUUGCUAUUAAAAAGAUAAAUAAUUGGGUGGCACCUGUGGCUCAGUGAGUAGGGCACCAGCCCCAUAUACCAAGGGUGGCAAGUUUGAACCCAGCCCCAGCCAAACUGCAACAACAACAAAAAAAAAAAAUAGCCAGGCAUUGUGGUGGGUGCCUGUGGUCCCAGCUACUUGGGAGGCUGAGGCAAGAGAAUCGCCUAAGCCCAAGAGCUGGAGGUUGCUAUGAGCUAAGACGCCACGGCACUCUACCCAGGGCAACAGUUAAGUGAGACUCUGUCUCUUAGAGAAAAAAAAAAAAAAAAGAUAAAUAAUUAUCUUAAGCAAAUUGAAAAGCUUCUUAUCUAAACAGAAUUGAACAUAGCUACCUUUUAACUAAAGGUGUCACUUUUAUUAUUUUCUUUCUUUCUUUCUUUUUUUUUUUUUUUU